CUCGGUCACCGUGGCCGCGGCCGUGUAACCUGUGGUAGUGGUGCGGCUGCUGCUGCAGAGCAGUGGCAGUGUAGCAGCAGCAGCUGCAGCAUCGAUGAGGAGGACUAUGAUGGAGGAGGGGGUUUUGUAAAUUGGGUUUCCCUCCUUCGGCUUCGACGCCACAGCUUUCGUGGCCUAAGCCUCGUGCGCUGUCGGUCGUCUUCUAGACGCACGUUUGCGGCUUUUUUUCCUUUGCCGUCGUCCAUGCCACUCACCUCGACUUGCCCUCUCCAUUAUGUUGCUUGCUCGUAGCCUUGACCAAGCUUGACCCCGGCAGCACUCGUUAGCUUGGUUGUGGUGGAGGUAGAGGAGUGGUGGAGGUGGGUUUUAUGUUUUUUUCAGUGUUUGGGUGCGGAGAUGAGGGGUUUAAGAGCGGGAUUUGGAGGUGGAGGGAGCGUUGCGGUGGUGGUGGUGAUGGGCGAGACCGCUUUUCGGUAUUCUUGGUUGCUGUGAGGAGCGCGGAAGGGGGUUUACGAAUUUUGGGCGGAGAGGCGUGAUAGGGAGUAGUAGCAAUUUGGCGUGAGAUUUGAGGGUGAGAAGAGUGAAUGGGAGAGAUGAAUAGGGCUUAAUCACGAGGUGCUGAAUUCGGUAGGGGGGCACAUUUUGCGAGUGGUAUGGGUGGCAGGGAGCUGGCUAGGGUGGUUGAGUGUGCAUUUGUGUACGGAUUUGGGAGUUCUGGACGUUGUUGGGUUGUGUUGUAAGGCUGAAGCAGUGGUCGAGAAAAGGGGGGAGGUGGAGGAUGAGGAGAUAAUUUGGUGUCUAUGGAGAAGGGGUGGGUUGCGUGGUUACGGGGAGGCUUGCUUAGCAUGGGAUUGAAUUGGUUUCAUGUUUGAGUUUGUGAGCUGCAGCUUCGGGAUUGUUUUACAUUUUUACCCAAAACUUAUUGGGUCGAGAGUGAGACGUGGAAUCGGAGAGGGGUUCUCAAAACCUAAGCAUACUGGAGUUUUGAGGGCAUGGCAUCGACCGGACCUCCGUCCACUGAAGUGGAUUCUCCUCUUGCCGAGUCCCGGAACCCUACGCCAGCGAAGCUGCUCUCUGCCUCGGAUGGGCAAGGAUUUCGUCCUGUAGGACUCGCAUCGUCGGGGUUGGCCGCAGUUGAUACAACAAUAUCUUUGGGACCAGUUCGUCCUAGUCCAGGUUUAACCAGCCAGGCUCAUAGUAAUGCCGUACAUCAACCUUCGCCCCUGCAACAUCACCACCACCAAGGGGGUGGUAGCCAGACAGUGGGCCAUUUUCCUGGCUCGCACACGAUCGCAUUGCCGGCCCAUCUCUCUCCACAUUUGUCUGGUCAACGCCAGCCUCAACACAUUGUAGGGACAGGCGGAAACCCUCGCCAGCAUCAUCAUCCUGUGCAGAUGGUUGCGCCCAAUGUUGCUUCUAAGAUUUCACACUCUCAGGUGCAGAUUAGUAGACGAACCCCACAGGAUAGAUCGAUGGAAAGCCGAGCUCAUCCAAUUGUGACCAGGCCAGUUGCUAACAUGGGGCAACCGGUGCAGGGCAGUCCGUCCGGCUUAGGAGGCAAUCAGCUGGGAAAGUCGCAGCUGCUGCUACAUCGGCCUCAGGGAACUUCACAAGACAAAGUAGGACUUCCUCAGAAGCCAACCGCUUCAUCACAGCGGCAGGCUAUGCAAAGGGCACACACGCGGACCGCAGGUUGGCAAUCUCCCCUUGGGCAGCAUGUUCCUGGCACUCCCUCCUCGCAGUCUCGGAUGUUCUAUCAACAUCCUGUUCUCAAUGCCCAAGUGAUGUCAUCUCCGCCAGAGCAAAGCCGGCUGCAUCCAACUGGGGUUUCGGUUGUGCCUCAACAGUUUCCCCAGCAGCAGCAAUUGCGAGAUGUUGGGCCAACUGGUGUGAAGUCCAUGCCUAUCUAUCCAAUAUUGCGGACUCCAGUUGCCGGUAACUACACAAGCAAUCAUAGCGAUACUCCUUACAGGGAGCGCUCUUCUGAUAGUCAAAUUGUUGUGCACAUCGGCGAUCGAAAAGUACGGUUGGCGUCUGAAUCAGAUCCAUCGUCUUUGUACUCUUUGUGCCGCCGCUGGGUUAGGAAUGAUAUUCUGCGCUCAGAUAGGGCAGGGACGCGUGAUGUAAUGAACUUGCUUCUGCCAAAACCUUUGUCUGUUGCCGAGGUAGAAAGUGCUGGAGACCAUCCUCAUGACAACUGCAUCAAAAGUGAUGCUGACCAGCCUCAAUCGGAAAUUGAAAAGUCCGUUGAUGAUAUGACCCCUGAAGAAUUGCUGCAGUUACAUGUACAGCAGUACAGACUUGUUCGCAAAAGGUCGAAAGAAGAACGAAUGCGCAAAAUUGCUAGGUUUAAGCCUCGGCUCGCGUUGCUACUGCCUGGCAACAAUGAAUCGUGUUAAUGUGUUCAGCCUCAUGUUAAAUGUUGUCCGUGAUCGGAGAGAAGGCCCUUAUGCAUCUGGAUGUAGGUCCACAAUUCAGUUGGACAUUUGGCUGUUGAUUGACUUGAUUUUUACAAAUAUGUGUAUUGUAGCGAUUGUCACACAGUUCCUAAGAAACUGUUGGCCUCCAGCCGCCUCAAGUUUGGAAAUAAACUAAGGUGAUAUGAGGGUGCCUACUUUUUUUCCCCAGUGGGAUUCCAUCUUGGUUCUUAGUCAUCGAGGGUAAUUUGGCUCCAAACAAGCAGUCAUUUGAAGGGCAUCUUCCUCUGGAUCAUUUCAGUCCCUGCAGCUGUUGCCGUGCUGUCCCUGGUAUUGCUGUGCAAUCCUUUGGUUAUGUACUGUAAUUCCUCGUCGAACACCUAUCUAUGGUAACAUGGAGGUUACUGGUAACAGGAAUAUAAAUCUUUUCCCUCA